AUGGGCGGCCACCUGCUCAAGCGCAAGGAGCGCCGCGUGCCCGGCGGCGCGGACGCGGCCGGCUCGCGCCCGGACGACGCGACCACGGAGUUCAACUUCGCCGAGGGGCUCAACGACUUCAACAAGCAGCAGGAGUUCUCCAAGCUCGAGGAGAGCGCCAAGCAGGAGCCCAAGGGCAGCUACCAGAAGUCGUCCUUCUUCGACACCAUCUCAUGCGACGCGCUGGACCGCCUCGAGGGGCAGCGGUCCCGCAUGAGCGGCGCCGAGGAGCGCAAGCUCAACACGGAGACUUUCGGCGCCGUGGGGCUCAACAACCGCCGGAACUUCCGGGGCCGCGGACGCGGACGACGCGGAGGAUACCGGAAUGGCAACUGGAACGGAGGCCGCGGCGGCAACGGAGGCGGCCGUGGCGGACGCAACAACAGUAACAACAACGGCUUCCCCAGACCGCAGCAGGCAGGACCCUAGUCGGAGACUGAGACUGGCUAGGUAGAUUUUCCCCCUCCUCGGCCGAGUCGACAUGAACACCAAGAACUGGAUACGACGAUUGCGACCGACUAAAUGGACCAUUGAGAGAAGGAUGACUCAUUU